CCAUGAUCAGAGUAAUAAAACUUUUUUCUUUUGCAGGUACUUAUCUGUCAUCGGUUUUAUUAUCAAUAUAGACACAUUAAUGCUGAUGAUUCCUGAACUGCUCCAAGUUCAGCGGUAUGUCCUGACCUACAGGUUCAGCCAGGAUCACUUGGAGCUCCUAUUUAAUUCAAUCAGAGCAUCAGGUGGCUGGAAUAACAAUCCGUCUGCAUGCCAGUUCCAGGCCAUCUUCCGCCGCCUGAUGGUUCGGUGUGGUGUCUCACCUAGUGAGACAGGCAAUGUGGCAGCCCAAGAUGACACUGUGUCCUUGUCUGCAGUAGAGAUGUCGUCUUCAGAAACUGCUGAAGAGCACCCAUCUCCAUUUGUUAACAUUUCAGCCGUUGUGUUAGACCACAGCUAUCUUCCCACUCGGUUUGGAGGUUUGGUGGAAAACGCUCUGGUCUACAUAGCAGGAUUUGUAGUCCGGCAGAUUCUGCGAAAGCUGUCCUGUGAUUUGUGCCGUGCGAGCUUGGUCAGAGAUGCUGUUCCAGCAUCAUUUGACGAGAGCUACCACCUUCUAACCCUGAAAAACAACGGUGGCCUAGUGAUUCCAUCACAAGGUACAGUGAAGGUGCUGAGAGCUGCAGAGAGGGUGAUUCGCCGAGCUUCAACAAAGCAAGCUCCAAAGGUGUCGACAGUCACACACAUCGUCCGGGAGGAGAUUGGAACGGAGGAUGUUUUUCUGCUUGGGGAACACAUUGAGGAGACACAGUUUGGCAUCGACAACCAUCAUUCCAACUUGUUGUCAUUGGUUGUGUCUGUGUUUCUUAAGAUAAGGCUGCACCACAUUGCCAAACUCACCUCUCUUGACCUGCAGAAAGGGAGCACGAGAAAGAAGCUCUGCAAAACAGUCCUCUUUCAGGGGUUUUAGCUCAUAUAAUACUUUCAUGAGCA